UCGAAUUACUUUUAUCGUUAUCUUUCAUCAUCAGACAAAAAAAUGCUUUGGCAAUAAGCCAAAAUGCAAGAAGCUUCACCAUCUUCAUCUACUUCAUCAAAACGAAAGAGUACACAAAUCGACACUCCACAUCUUUCAGCAGCAGAAAGAAAGAAAAGAAAGCCACUAUCUUGCGAUCCAUGCAGACAAUUGAAACGAAAGUGUGAUCGUGGUAAACCAUGCAAACAAUGUGGUGAGAAUAAUAAACAAUGUUCUUACAAACAAGCAACUGCACAUCUGGUACAGAAUGGUCAAGCAGACACAAGCCCGUUGUCAGCCCAUGCAUCUCCUUCUUCUUCCCCAUUACAUACAUCCGAAAGUCCACACCCAUUUCAACAAUCUUUACGCUUUCCCGAACAACUUACCGAUAAACGAUUCGUUGAUGUCCUUCUCACUUUUUGGUUUCAAGAAUUAGAUUAUAUGUAUGAUGCUGUAAAUAAUACAGCCUUGCAUCUCAACUGGAAGGCAAACGCAUUGGAUCUUUCACCGCGAUCCGUAUUCAGACCACUUUUAGCCGUCCUUCUGGCUCUGACCGGUCAACUUCGACCAAGGGAACUAGACAGAGCAUUCCGAGAUGCAAGAGUCCUGGCCCCAUCAAGUGCACACUUGGCACCCAGAGCAUUUGAUUUUGCGAUUCGAUUUACAGAUGAUUAUUUGGACACCUAUGAUCCGACAAAAGACGUUUUCGUAUUAGAAUACCUUCACGCAUCUAUGCAUGUCAUGGCUUACCUCAAAAAUUGCGGAAGAAAGACUCACGUUCGCAAUCGAAUCGCAAGGGAUAUUUCGUGCUUGCAACUUGCACAUAUUCAUUUGCUUGACAGUAAUUCGCCUAGGAAUCGAUCAAAUCUAUUUAAAACACCUUUACAACGACAAUCGGCAAGAAGGCUAUUCUGGUCUUAUUUCCAGUAUGAUAGAUUCUAUAUCAUGAUCGACAAUGCAAGCUCUUAUUGCCUACAGGCCAAUCAAUGCGAUAUAUGGAUGUGUGACGAAGUUGGACAGAUGAUGCACAUUCAAGAUCUUUGUCGUGAGAUUGAUGUUUCGAGUAUGUUGGAUGAGCAGCCCUCUCAACCGAUCAACAAUCCUGCAAGGCUAAAGUCUAAACCUUUGUUGGCAACAAUAGAAGAAGUACAAACGUGUAAAGUCGAAGCACGUUUGAUCGCUCCGUUUUCAAGCUUUUCAUCUGCAAUGCUUCAAGCAGCCGCAAUUGGUGGGAAAACGACUGAUGCUGUUUUGCACAUCCCACUCACAUCUCUAGAUCCCAACGCGGCUGCAUCAGAAGAAGUUAUGGAAGCUUUGCGAUGCUUUACAGCGGCAGGUACGUUGGACAAACAGCUUUUGCAAUUACAGAAUCGAUAUGAAGUCGAGUUCGGUGUAGCAAAAUCAUUCAAAGGACCUUUGCGAGCAAGUUCAUCGCAGUGGCAGAAUAACGUCCUUUGUAUAACAUUGGCCAAAUUACGACGAGAUGCUGCAGUUUGCUUGGGCAUGGCUAUUCCUCGAAUCGCGGAUGAUCCUACUUGGCUUAAUCGCAGAAGGGUAGAAACGGCAGCCACUUUAUUGCAAUACGCACUGGUGUUACCGCAAGAUUUUCAUCAUUCUGCUUUAUGUUGGAGUUUCUUCUUGUUUUAUAUCUCAGAACCGAUUAUGGAAUUGAUGUACUCGGCAUUGGAUCAAUCCAUCGUUCCAUGGCAAGCACAAGAGAUUCUCAAACUAGCUCUUCAAGGAAGGAAUUUGUUAUGUCACAUCGCUCGUGAAAGUCAGAUGAAUCUGGCAUUGCAAUUGGCACGCGAUAUUUGUCACUGUGCGGCUAUUGAAGUUUUGCAACGAUGUGAUGUUCAAGCGGACCUUUGCAGAGCUGUUCAAGAUCCAAAUAUCGAAGAUAUUGACGCUGAAGGAAUUGCUGAUGAAUGGAGAAGAUUGAUGGAGAGAAGGCGAAUGAAGAGGAAUGGGCAAGUUGAUUCACCCGCAUUUCCCAACAAAGGCAGUGCGCCUGUCCGAGAAGAUUCGAGCAAUGGUGAGAUGCCGUACAACAAUCGCGACUACGUUCCAAUCAGUCAAUUGCUCAGCGAUGAAAGGAGCACCCAUCCACCAUCCCAUCAUGAUCAACAGUAUCAACCUCUCGAUUUUGGUGGCUUGGAUCAAUCCGAAUGGCUAGAGGCUUUGUUUGCAUUUGAGAUGCCUUCCAACCUUCAGUCGCUACAGCUAGUACCGAACACUACUUCCGAUAUACCCACUUUUAACAACAUAGAACCCAUUCCUGACACAAGACCUGCUAAUAUUUCCUCUCGCCCAGGCACUUAUCGUACCUAUCUUGAUCGCUUUAUGAAUUAAUUGCACUGUACUAGU